ACAACCUACGGGUUUCUCCUUGUCAAGUUCACGGGUCUACUAUCGGCCAUAUUCGUCGGGCACAGACGAGAAACAAACAACGUAAACAUGCUUUCAGCCCGAUUAGCAUCAUCUAUAGCUCGACAGCUUCCCAGGGCUGCAACAAAGGUUUGCCGUCAUGCCCUGGGUGCUGGCUGUGUUGCAACUAGAAACAUCUCUUCUUCAUCUCCACUUUACAAUACAGGAGCAGAGGUGUCCUCAAUUUUGGAGGAAAGAAUAUUGGGACAACAGACACAGACAAAUUUGGAGGAAACAGGAAGAGUAUUAUCAAUUGGAGAUGGUAUUGCUCGUGUGUAUGGUCUUAAAAAUAUUCAGGCAGAAGAAAUGGUGGAAUUCUCUAGUGGAUUGAAGGGUAUGGCCUUGAAUUUGGAAAGAGACAAUGUUGGUGUUGUAGUUUUUGGUAAUGACAAACUCAUUAAAGAAGGUGAUAUUGUCAAGAGAACUGGUGCCAUUGUAGAUGUACCAAUUGGAAAGGAAAUAUUAGGAAGAGUUGUUGAUGCUUUAGGUAUUCCUAUUGAUGGAAAGGGACCACUUGGAACAUCAGAAAGAGCCAGAGUAGGUGUCAAAGCUCCGGGCAUCAUUCCACGUAUCUCAGUAAAAGAACCCAUGCAGACUGGAAUCAAAGCUGUAGAUAGCUUGGUACCUAUUGGAAGAGGACAGAGAGAAUUGAUCAUUGGUGACAGACAGACCGGAAAAACUGCCAUUGCUAUUGAUACCAUCAUUAACCAGAAGAAAUUCAAUGACGGAACAGACGAGAACGCCAAACUUUACUGUAUCUAUGUAGCCAUUGGACAGAAAAGGUCAACUGUAGCACAGAUCGUAAAACGUCUCACUGAUACUGAUGCUAUGAAAUACACCAUUAUUGUUAGUGCUACAGCUUCUGAUGCUGCUCCCCUUCAGUACUUGGCUCCAUAUUCUGGUUGUGCCAUGGGAGAAUACUUCAGAGACAAUGGCAUGCAUGCUGUCAUCAUUUAUGACGAUUUGUCAAAACAGGCUGUAGCUUACCGUCAGAUGUCAUUGUUGCUACGUCGUCCUCCAGGUCGUGAGGCCUACCCUGGUGAUGUAUUCUACCUCCACUCUAGAUUACUGGAGAGAGCAGCUAAGAUGAAUGAUAACCAUGGUGGUGGAUCUUUGACCGCCCUUCCCGUCAUUGAAACACAAGCUGGUGACGUAUCAGCCUACAUCCCAACCAAUGUCAUUUCCAUUACAGACGGACAAAUCUUCUUGGAGACUGAAUUGUUCUUCAAAGGUAUCCGACCAGCCAUUAACGUAGGAUUGUCACUCAGCAGAGUAGGAUCAGCUGCUCAAACCAAAUCCAUGAAACAGGUUGCAGGUUCCAUGAAAUUGGAAUUAGCUCAGUACAGAGAAGUAGCUGCUUUUGCCCAGUUCGGUUCAGAUUUAGAUCAAGCUACACAAAACUUACUCAACAGAGGUGUCAGAUUAACUGAGCUUCUUAAACAAGGACAAUACAUACCCAUGCCCAUUGAAGAACAAGUAGCCAUUAUUUAUGCUGGUGUAAGAGGACAUUUAGACAAAUUAGAUCCAUCCAAAAUUACUGCUUUUGAGUCAGCAUUUUUACAACACAUUCAAGGCAGCCAAAAAGAAUUGUUAGCUACAAUUGCAAAGGACAACAUGAUUACAGAAGAAUCUGAUGCAAAAUUAAAACAAGUUGUUUUGAGUUUCCUUUCAGGAUUUGAGGGUUAAAGGAAGAGAUUUUUAGUGCUAAGACCAAUUUGUACAAUGAAUAUUUAUGAAUGAAAGUGUGAUAUCAUUAUUGCUGUGUGAGUUAGUUAUUAUUACACAGGUCUAUUCUUGUUCUGGAUGCAGUCCGCAUUGUAAAAACAACAAGAGUAAAGUUAUUCUACAUAG